GGGCCGCGUUGGUGGCUGCGCUGGUGCGAGGAGCCCUCACUUCUGGCUUCUGACACGUGCUGCUGGCAAUGAUGCUUCUGCUCUGCCUCCUCUUCCUGCUGGCUGCCUGCAGGCCUGCACUGGGCACGUGGAACACCUGUGGGGGGACCUGCGGGGUCCGGCCCACAACUUCUGAUGAAGACCAAGGCAAGACCCGUGUUGUGGGUGGCACAAGUGCCCAGGAAGGAGCCUGGCCCUGGCUCGUCAGCAUCCAGGAUCCCGAGAUACCAGGCACAGGUCAUCUAUGCGGAGGGUCUCUCAUCAGCACGCAGUGGGUCCUCACAGCGGCCCACUGCUUCGUUGAUAUCAGAAACAUCAGCACUUUGCGUGUGGUGAUCGGGGCCACCCAGCUGACCGAGCUGGGCGCUGGGGCUGAAGUGCGCGAGGUGGCGCGGCUGCUGGUUCAUGAGGACUACAGCGCUGCCGACCAGAGCAACGACAUCGCGCUGCUGGAACUGGACCGGCCUGCCGAGUGCAACCUCCACAUCCAGCUGGGCUGUGUGCCCAAUGGCACGGUUGAUGUGUCAGAGCUGGACAUCUGCUACGUCGCUGGUUGGGGUGCCACCACUGCAAGAGCUCAAAAAUCGAGCGAUGUCCUGCAGGAGGCCCAGGUCCACCUCAUCGAUGUCCAGCUCUGUAACAGCAGCGAUUGGUACGCAGGGGAUGUCCACACCCACAACUUGUGUGCUGGUCAUCCAGAGGGAGGCAUCGACACCUGCCAGGGUGACAGCGGUGGUCCUCUCAUGUGCAAAGACAAUGACGCUGACAACUUCUGGGUUGUUGGAGUGACCAGCUGGGGAAAAGGCUGUGCAAGAGCAAAACGGCCUGGAAUCUAUACCUCCACUCAGCACUUUUACAACUGGAUCCUGGCCCAGAUAGGCCUGCUCCCAGAUGUAAGCGCUCCUACGACAGCACGGACAUGGGGUUAUUAUCCAACCACCGCACAACCCUGGGGUCAGUUUCCGACCGUUGCACGACCCACUCAGAAUCCAUGGCCAAGACCACCCGCCACACAGCCGCCGUGGACAAGGCCACCUGCCACACAACCGCCAUGGACAAGACCACCUGCUACACAGCUGCCAUGGACAAGACCACCUGCCACACAACCGCCAUGGACAAGACCACCUGCUACACAGCCGCCAUGGACAAGACCACCUGCUACACAGCCGCCAUGGACAAGACCAACCACCACUCAGCUUCCAAAGCCACCACCAACCACUGCUCCGAAGCCAAAGCCACCACCAACACCAGUAGACAAGUCCUGCCCAUUUCCAGUCAAGAAGCUGGUGGAAUUCUUCACUCGGAUGGAGAAGCUCCUGCAGGCCCUACAGGGAAAAACAGUUUGAGCAGCAGGACGAACAGGAUCCAGUUCAGGCUGCAUGGAACCAUGACCGUUUCCUGCCGGGGCAAUGCCUGCUAAUCCAAAAGUAGCCUCAGUGCCAAAGGCCUGCUCUGUCCUGCUCACACUGCUCCUCUGCAUGUACACAAAUGCCAAUGUUGACUUAUUUGCUGAAAUAAAAUUACCUUUUUUCACAGUUAA